GGUAAAUGUCAAAGAAAGGAGCCUCCCUGUAAGUACCUUCAUCCACCGCAACAUCUUCGUGAGCAGCUGCUGCAGAACGGUCGCAACAACCUCAUCCUCAAGAACCUACAGCUUCAGGCUUACCAGCAAGCGCAUUAUGCAGGCGUCAUGCCAGUG